AUGCCAAAGCCUAUCUCGGUUCCGGAGGUACAAAGCUUCCUAGGAAUGGUGAAUCAUUAUGGCAAAUUCAUCUCUCAUCUACAUGAAAUGAAACAGCCACUUGAAGAUCUCACACGAAAAAAUCGCACAUGGUUAUGGGACCAGACUCAUGAUCUCGCUUUCAAUCAAAUCAAGAAGGUCAUGCUCAGCCCUCUUCUACUGGAUCACUACGAUCUAUCGAAAACGCUGAAAGUGGCAGCAGAUGUAUGUGCCACUGGAAUUGGCGCCGUUCUUCUUCAACGAGACUCAAACGGCCAUGAACGUGCAGUCUACCAUAUGUCGCAGAGCCUUACCGACGCUCAAAGGAACUACUCCCAGCUCGAAAAAGAGGCCCUCGCGCUCGUCACAACCGUCAAACGAUUCCAUAAAUUCGUCUGGGGAAGAAGAUUUAUACUUCAAACGGAUCAUAAACCCCUCGUGGCCCUACUGCAAACUGAGAACACCAAGGGACUCAAAGCUACUACAGCAGCUAGGCUCAAACGUUGGGCACUGCGACUCAUGGGCUACGACUUCAAAAUAGAGUUUAUCCGCACUCAAGAUUUUGGUCAUGCCGAUGCCCUAUCUUGUUUGAUCGACAAAUUUCGUCGUGAUAACGCGGAGGAACUCCAAGUAGCUAGCAUCCAAGCAAUGGAAUCGGAGCUUCUCCAGUUAAAAAAUCGAUCAAUAGACUUCUUUGGUAAGAAACUCCGGAAUAAUCUGAAAAAAGCAACAAAGAAAGAUCCUUUCUUACGUUCGGUUUUCCAAGCCAUCAGUGAAGAUUGGAAGACAAAAGAAGUUUCGGAGUCACUUGAAUAUUUUAAAAGACGCUCAGAAGAUCUCAGUAUCGUUGAUGACACCUUACUUUUCGGAGACAGAGUGGUCAUCCCAGAGGUUCUCAGGCCAACAAUUCUAGCAGCUCUUCACAAGGGCCAUCCCGGCAUUAGAAGGACAAAGCAGUUAGCUCGAGAAUUCGUGUACUGGCCGAAAAUGUCCGACGACAUUGAACACCUUGUACGUCAAUGUGACGCCUGUGCGCUGAACCAGAAACUCCCAAUCAAAGUACCACUUGAUCCAUGGCCUGCUCCGUCCCGACCAAUGAAACGCGUCUACAUCGACUUUGCUGGUCCAAUUGAAGGGCAAUAUCUACUCAUUUUUGUAGACGCUUACUCCAAGUUUUUAGGCGUGGCAAUUACACCCACGAUUUCUUCAGCCCGCACUGUCAAUUUGUGUCGUGAAUUCUUUUCCAGGUUCAGACCACCAGAGGUGCUCGUCACCGACCAUGGAACACAGUUCACAUCAGAACUAUUCGCUGUUUUCUGCAAGGAAAUGCAGAUCUCCCACCUCCUGGCUGCGGUCAACCACCCGCAAUCGAAUGGCCAGGCCGAGAGGAUGGUGGACACGGUAAAAAGGGCCAUCGCCAAGGACCCGACUAAUUGGAAGAGACAGCUGUUUGAUUUUCUGCACAACUACCGUUACACUCCAUGCUCAGAAUCGCCCUCAGGAAAGUCUCCUGCAGAGCUCUUGUUCGGACGUCGAAUAAACUCCCCGUUCUCGAAAUUGCUCCCGAAGCUUGAGACUCACGAGCCUGCUCCACCAGCCUCUGCCGAGAAACAGCUAGCCAUGGAGAAGCAGUUCUUGAAACAUCAUGGCGCCCGACCCCUUUACCUAACGUUAGGCGACCGCGUAAUAGUCCUUACUCGCAAGGACAAAAGAGACAAGGCGUUAUUCAUAAAGUACUAUCACAAACUCGCUACUCUGUACGCCUUGAAGACGGAAGAGUCAUUGACCGCCACAUCAAUCAUAUCUGGAAGGGAGGUUCCGACCCGUCAACCCGGCCCGAGAGAUGGACGACUGGUCGCUCCUACAGCCGCCCACGCCGGAGACGCCUCCUACUUUGGAAGUUGA